CACUCACUUUCUUCACUCAACAAAACAUCAAAAUAUCUCUCUUCAAGUCUUAACAGUAAUAAUACAACAAUGGCGUUGUGUUCAUCGGUUAUUGGUUUUCUAAUGUGUUUUUCACUUUGUUUUUGCUGUGCUUUAGCAACUGCUAAAUUUGAAGAUAUGUUCCAGCCUUACUGGGCUCCUGAUCACUUCUCGUUUGACGGUGAUGCGGUUAACAUGAAGCUUGAUAACUUUUCAGGAGCUGGUUUUUCAUCGAAAUCAAAAUACAUGUUCGGACGAGUCAACAUUCAGAUUAAGCUUGUCGAGGGUGAUUCCGCAGGGACCGUAACUGCAUUCUAUAUGUCAUCCGAAGGCCCGAAACACCAUGAGUUUGAUUUUGAGUUCUUGGGGAACACCACAGGCGAACCUUAUGUGGUUCAGACUAAUGUGUACGUCAAUGGUGUUGGUAACAGGGAGCAGAGGUUGAACCUUUGGUUUGACCCGACUAAAGACUUCCAUUCUUAUUCUAUCCUAUGGAACCAACGUCAAGUUGUCUUUUUGGUGGAUGAUACACCAAUUAGAGUACACACUAACUUGGAACACAAAGGUAUCCCAUACCCUAAAGACCAAGCCAUGGGUGUAUACAGUUCAAUUUGGAAUGCGGACGAUUGGGCCACACAAGGGGGCCGGGUCAAGACAGACUGGUCCCAUGCCCCUUUUGUGGCGUCGUACCGGGGGUUUGAAAUCAAUGGUUGUGAGUGUUCUGUUGCGAAUUCGGAUGCGGAUAAUGCCAAGCGAUGUGCCAACAUUGGCGGUUGGUGGGAUCACCCUAUGUUGUCGGAGUUAAAUGUGCAUCAAAGCCAUCAAUUGAUUUGGGUGCGGGCGAACCAUAUGAUUUAUGACUAUUGUAGUGACACCGAUAGGUUUCCGUCUGUCCCUAUGGAAUGCGAGCACCAUCGCCAUUAGUUACUCGCUUGUAUUUCGACAUUUAAUCAAAUAUUUUGUGUAGAAAUGAUUGGAAGAAAAAGAAAACAUGAGCUUCGUGUUUUUUCAUAUUUUGUUAAUGUAAGAUUAUUCUACUUUGUAGUUAAUGGUGAUUUAUUUUAAUGUUACUUUCAGACUUGAUUA